UAAGUGAAAGAAAAGAGAAUGUAACGUGAAUUCAGGUUUGAUGUGCUUGUUGAAGGUGGCGGACCCACGAGAUACAGGCAAGUAUGGAAGGUAUUCGAGGAGGGUCGAUGAGAGAGACACCGAUGAAGGUUCAUCUCAGCCACCACCUCCACCACCACCACCGCCACCACUAUCGCAACUAGAAGGGACUACUGUAACAGAAUCUGCAGCACCGAUGUUUUCUAUUUACAAUAGAGAGCGCGAGAUGUCAGCGAUGGUGUCUGCUCUGACCCGUGUGGUAUCUGGUGAUAGGAGUGCAGAAAGGAUGUAUCGAUCGGAUUUUAAUACUUCUGUUGCAGCAUCAAGUAGAGUUUCAGGAUCUUCUGUUUCACCCUCUUCAUCAUAUAAUACUACCACUUCUUCUUCAUCUUCAUGGAGUGGAGGACAGAAAAGGGGACGUGAAGAAGAGAGUACUACUGGUCAGCCAUCUGAAUCAGCUGCUAUGAGGGUUUACAGAAAUUUUGGUGAUUUCAGGACUUCACAAGGAGAAUCAUCAUCAUCAUUUGGUGGUGUUGCAGUCAAAGAAGAAGUUCCGAGCUUUUUGACUACAACUACAGCAGCAGCAACUCCAUCCAUUACCAUUGCCAAAGAAGAAACAACUUCACAGGGGGAAGGAGAGGGAGAGAGGAGAAGAAGAUACAGAGGAGUUAGGCAAAGGCCUUGGGGAAAAUGGGCAGCUGAAAUAAGGGAUCCACAUAAAGCUGCAAGAGUUUGGUUGGGCACAUUUGAUACAGCAGAAGCAGCUGCCAGAGCAUAUGACGAAGCUGCUCUUAGAUUCAGAGGAAACAGAGCAAAACUCAAUUUCCCAGAGAACGUCACUCUGACUCCUUCAAUGCCCAUUUCUCAAGCUACCCAGUUGACCAUUUCAGGCUCUCAGGCAACCCUUUUACCAUCUUCUCAGAUGCCUCAGCCAUUUAUGCAGCCUCAAGCGCUUCAGAAUCAGUUUCAGAGUUCUGACCCAACGAGGGAUUACAUUGCUUACUCUCAGUUGCUUCAGAGUUCUGUAGAUUUUCAGAGACAACCAACAAGUCUGUUGGAGCAAAUAUUAUAUUCUUCACCAUACUCUGCUGCUUUGCCAUCUUCUUAUUCUUCACCUACUGCUUCUUCUGUCGCACCUUCCCUUUCUUCUUCAUCUUCUCCCUUUUACCCUCCUCCAUUUGGGAGUUAUCCGCAGAUGGAUUAUUUCAGACAGCAACAACAGAAUCGUGAUCAGGGUGGUGGUGGUGAUGGUAGUAGUAGUAGUAGUGGUCCCUCAGGUUUUCCGACACCAUCCUGGACGGAUUCCGGUCAUUAUCCGCCGUCUUCUUCCAGUUGAUUUGUAUUUUUUGUCAAGACUUUUUUUUAGUUUCUGUUUUCAAUUCUUGUUUUUAUUCUCUUUGGAAGAUUUUGAUGUAUUUGGUACGGAUUUGCAAGUACUGUUCUAUUGA